GGAGGGGGAAGGAGGGAGGGGAGAGCAGCGGCGGCGGCGGCGGCUGCGCCCGGCUGUGUGUCUCCAGCCGCCGGAGGAAGAUGAGGCUGAAGAUCGGGUUCAUCUUACGCAGUUUGCUGCUGGUGGGGAGCUUCCUGGGGCUGGUGGUCCUCUGGUCCUCCUUGUCCCCGCGCCUGGACGACCCGAGCCCGCUGAGCAGGAUGAGGGAAGACAGAGAUGUCAAUAACCCCAUGCCUAACCGAGGAGGCAAUGGACUAGUUCCUGGGGAUGACAGAUUCAAACCUGUGGUACCCUGGCCUCAUGUUGAAGGAGUAGAAGUGGACUUAGAAUCUAUUAGAAGAAAAAACAAGGCCAAAAAUGAACACGAGCACCAUGCUGGAGGAGAGAACCAGAGAGACGUAAUGCAGAGGCAGUAUCUCACUUUUAAGCCUCAGACAUUCACCUACCGGGAUCCUGUGCUACGCCCCGGGAUCCUCGGUAACUUUGAACCCAAAGAACCUGAGCCUCAUGGAGUGGUUGGUGGCCAUGGAGAGAAUGCCAAGCCAUUGGUUUUGGGACCAGAACUCAAACAUGCAGUUCAAGCCAGCAUUAAAGAGUUUGGAUUUAACAUGGUGGCAAGUGACAUGAUCUCCCUGGACCGCAGCGUCAAUGACCUCCGGCAAGAAGAGUGCAAGUAUUGGCAUUACGAUGAAAACCUGCUCGUUUCCAGCGUUGUCAUUGUCUUCCAUAAUGAAGGCUGGUCAACUCUCAUGAGAACAGUCCACAGUGUCAUUAAAAGGACUCCGAGGAAAUAUUUAGCAGAAAUUGUAUUAAUUGAUGAUUUCAGCAAUAAAGAACACUUAAAAAAACAACUGGAUGACUAUAUUAAGCAGUGGAAUGGCCUAGUAAAGGUAUUUCGAAAUGAGAGAAGAGAAGGUUUAAUUCAAGCACGAAGUAUUGGUGCCCAGAAGGCUAAACUUGGGCAGGUUUUGAUAUACCUUGAUGCCCACUGUGAGGUGGCAGUUAACUGGUAUGCACCACUUGUAGCUCCCAUUUCUAAGGACAGAACUACAUGUACUGUGCCUCUAAUAGAUUACAUAGAUGGGAAUGAUUAUUCCAUUGAACCACAGCAAGGUGGGGAUGAAGAUGGUUUUGCCAGAGGGGCCUGGGACUGGAGUUUACUAUGGAAACGUAUUCCUCUAAGCCACAAGGAAAAGGCCAAAAGAAAACAUAAAACUGAACCUUAUCGAACCACUUGCACUGUGCCGAUUAUAGAUGUCAUAAAUGGCAACACAUACAAAAUUGUGCCCCAAGGGGGUGGUGACGAAGAUGGGUAUGCCCGAGGAGCAUGGGAUUGGAGUAUGCUCUGGAAACGGGUGCCUCUGACCCCUCAAGAGAAGAGAAUCAGAAAGACAAAAACUGAACCAUAUCGGUCCCCAGCCAUGGCUGGUGGGUUAUUUGCCAUUGAACGAGAAUUCUUCUUUGAACUGGGUCUGUAUGAUCCUGGUCUCCAAAUCUGGGGUGGUGAAAACUUUGAGAUCUCGUACAAGAUAUGGCAGUGUGGCGGCAAAUUACUGUUUACCCCUUGUUCUCGUGUGGGACAUAUCUACCGUCUUGAGGGCUGGCAAGGGAAUCCUCCGCCCAUUAAUGUUGGGUCUUCUCCAACUAUGAAGAAUUAUGUUAGAGUUGUUGAGGUCUGGUGGGAUGAAUAUAAAGACUACUUCUAUGCCAGUCGUCCUGAAUCCAAGGCGUUAGCAUAUGGGGAUAUCUCUGAGCUAAAAAAAUUUCGAGAAGAUCACAACUGCAAAAGUUUCAAAUGGUUCAUGGAAGAGAUUGCUUAUGAUAUCACCUCACACUACCCUUUGCCACCCAAAAACAUUGAGUGGGGAGAAAUCAGAGGCUUUGAAUCUGCUUACUGCAUCGAUAGCAUGGGAAGGACGAAUGGAGGCUUUGUUGAACUAGGACCCUGCCACAGGAUGGGAGGGAACCAGCUUUUCCGAAUCAAUGAAGCAAAUCAACUCAUGCAGUAUGACCAGUGUUUGACAAAGGGGCCUGAUGGAUCAAAAAUCAUGAUUACACACUGCAACCUGAAUGAAUAUAAGGAAUGGCAGUACUUCAAGAACCUGCACAGGUUUACUCACAUUCCUUCUGGCAAGUGCUUAGACCGCUCGGAUGUCCUCCAUCAAGUGUUCCUCUCCAAUUGUGACUCCAGUAAAAUGACUCAGAAGUGGGAAAUGAAUAACAUCCAUAGUGUUUAAAAAGAAUAAAAGAAACCAAUAACCUACCUACUGACACACAAAUUUUCACAGGACUGAAAACCGCCUGAAACCUGCUGCAACUAUUAAUAACUCUGUACAGCUCCAAACCCAGCACCUCCUGAUCGGUUUGAAGGACAUUGAUAAACUGUGAUUUUACAAUAACAUUGUCAUCUGCAGUUACUGUUUACAAAACUGCUUUUACCUUAAACUUUAUAGAUGUUUACAUCUUUUUGUUUUGUUUUGUUUUAAGAUGAUGUUGGUAAUUUGUGCAUUUAUAUCUGUUCAGAACAGAGCUAAAAGCACCGUUGUCUUCUUUGGGAUUACACUCAGGGGUCUGACAGGCAGUUUGAUUUUUUAUUUUUUUUUUAACACACUUGAAAAAGGUUGAAGUAACCAGACUUUCAUAUAUAACUUGGUAAUUAUCAACCUGUUGUGUCUUUAUUUAAUUUUACAUCUUUUUGAAGCACUGCCACAGGUUAUUAGCCAAGGUGGCCUUCCUUCACAGUCAUGCUGCUUUUUUGAAAGGUGAAUUUCAACACAUUUAGUGCCUCUUUCAUUUUCUCAGUAUAUAUUUCAAGAGCUUUCAGAGAUAUAUAGGAUGGUAAUGACGGAAUGGUCACCAGUAAAUACUUUUACUACCAAGAAAUGAAUUUAUGUGCUACCAUUUGCUCUGAGAUCGAAUGUUGUAUGGCUUGAAAGAAAUAACAACAUGAAAUCCCAAAGAAUUCUCAUAGGAAUUGAAGAUUGUGUGGCAUUAAGUUCCCUACUUGCUGGCAUUCCCACUGCCCCCUGUUAAUACCAACUCCUAAACAGCAGAAGGGCCUGCCAACUAGAGAAAAUUUGACCAUUGACUUCUGGAAUUUACUUUCCCCCAAUACCUGUCAUUUUAGAAAACUAUAAUUCUCAGUUUCAAAUCUUAAAAUGGGGUGGGGGGAGGUAACAAAAACAACAAAACACUGCUGUAAACAAACAUCAAAGGUUCAUUCUAAAGAAAGAAUUUUCAAGACCUUGUUAAAUUAAGCCUUACAAAGCUCCUGUGCAUUAUAACCUAAGCUGUGCAACCUUUCAAGCCAAGAGUGAAUGGAUGUUUUAUUUAUAUCUCCAUCCAAAUGAAAUUCCCUGCACAUUUUUUAAAAAUUU